AUGACGAUAGAAGAAGUCUCAAGUUUAGAAUGUUUCAAUUCACGGCGGUCGGUUUGUUCAAAUUUUCGAAAACUUUUGGGUGUUUUGGUUAUUGGUGGUCUGGUUGGUUUUGUCAUUUCGGAGUUUGGAUUUGCGGAUUUAGAAUCUUGUGCUGUUGCGAUUGUGAUGACACUGAGCAGAAAAAGUAGAAAGAAAAAAGGAUUAGUUGCUACUUUGGGUAGUAAGACAGUCAGGAAAGUACGGUCAUCUUUUUGGCAAGCAUUAGAAACAAAGACUGAAGAAAGAAGCUCAUCAAACCCUUCCAAGGAUAUAAAUGAAUGCCAUCAGAGAAAUGAAGAGGAUUCAUUUGCAAUGUCAUUGAAUAGUGUAAAUGUCUCACUUCAAAGUAAUUCUUCCGAUAGUUAUGUAACAGCUUUUUGUGAAAGUGGUAGUUCCAAUGAUAUGAUCAAGAUUAUGACUCCAGCUGCAUCCGCUUCUAAAGAUGUGGAAAAAAAGUCCAGGAGACAAGGAAGCUUUGACGCCGACUCUGGAAAGGGUGGUUCUCCCCCUCCGCCGCAACAUGUUAUUGAUAUUCCGGAUUUGGAAGUGCAUGAUGAACAAGUAAAAUUAAACAGAUAUGAAUUUUCAGAAACGGUAGCUUCAGUAUUGCACUCUCAAGUGUCACGGAAGGACUCGCUCGAGUUGUUGAAUAAAGAAACCCGAAGUGUGCGCAUCAUUUUAGAUGAACUUCAAUCGGAUGCAGUCAAUGCGGACGUGAAGGCGAAAAAUUUGGCUGCUCUGAAUAGGAUCAUACUUCAGUGUAAAGACUACAUGCAGCGCUGUUCAGUACGGCAAGACUUGAUGUCAUUGGGUCUAUUUAAUGCGUUACCCAAGUUGAUUGAGUUGCGAAAUCAGUCAGUGGAAUCACAGUUAGAAAUAUUUUUCGCUAGUGAAUCCAACGAUAAUCUGGUAGGUAAUGGUACUCGUCAUCCAAUCGACAUAUUCCAAACGGCAUAUGUGAAACUAAAGCACUCAACGUCAGCUGAGAUUUUGCUGGACAUACUAGAGCUUAUUGCAAGAAUUCAGCCAAAUGAUAAAAGACUGCGCGAUGUACUCCAUUAUCUUCAAAGAAAUCACUUACAAAGCGAAGAAGCGCAAACUGAAGAGGUAGCAAAAGACGAUUUAUGUGAUAUCGUACCUUCUGAAGAUGUUACCAGAUGCACUAACAUUCAAAACCACAUGAUGCUUAAUGAAUCUUCGCCGAUACUACAGAUAAUAAGACGACCUCGAUCAACUUCUCGAAUGAAACGCUGCAGUGGAAGUCGGAAGAUCGAAAUAGCAAAUAUUCCAUUCAUAGAUGAUGAAACUCCUUCUAGCAUCAAAUCUGAUGAAAGAAAUGAGGAGAAAAAUUGCAGUUUGAAAAGGUCACCAAAAUCGCUGCAGUGUCUAACACCUAUUGAAAAACAAAGUACAGCGAAACCACCGAUUAAUUCUAUUCCUCCUCCACCUCUUUUGCCUCCACCUCCUCCCGAGUUUCUGAACACUUCACUCUUAAGAAAAAUACCAGGUACUGAAUCGCCAGUUGUCGUCAAAUCGGUUUCUGUAUACAAGAAGCAAUGUGCAACCAAUACAGUUGCAUGGGAGACGGUGAAGCCAGAAAUGAUAGUGACACGGUCGACUAUCUGGAGUGACCAAAGUGGCAUUUAUGCUGAGUUUAAUCAGCGAGAACGUGAACGGCUGGAAAAGGUUUUCGAACGAACACAUGCAUGCAACUCUCGUACUGCUGCUACUCAGGAACAAGCACAAAGCACUAGUGCUGGUCAUAAAAAGCGACCUGCAGCAUUUGGUGUUCUUACGGAAAAGCGAGCACUCAAUUUGGGUAUCGUCCUUGCAAGAUUCCGUCCACUUACAUUGGAACAAUUAGUACAGAAAAUGGAAUCGCUUGAAAUUAGUGAUCUUCCUCUCGACUAUUUAGCUUCUCUUCUGAAACACUUCCCAUCACCCGAUGAGCUCGCAUAUUUUGCGAAAAUGAAGACUGCUGAUGAUCUAAAAGAUGCCGAAUUAUUUUGCUUCUUAAUUUCUCGAAAACGAUUAUUGAAGUUGCGUAUCGAAUUGAAAGUUCUUGCUGACAAUAUUGUGAGCGAUCUUGCACGACAACUUGAUUGUACCCGCCUGCUUCUGACCGCAACCAAUGAACUUUACAACUCUGCGUCCAUCAACAUCUUUUUUCAUCGUUGCUUGCAGUAUGGGAAUUUCCUAAAUCAAUCAACUUUCGCUGCCGGUGCCUCUGGAUUUUCACUGUCAUCAUUUUUGGCUGCUCUGAACACAAAAGGAAAUGGCGCAGCAGCUAACAUACGUCUUGUUGAUGUUUUAGCGGAAUAUGCUGAUGAAAAUUUGCGAGCUGUUGUGAAAGUCUUAGAUUUUUUGGAACCGGCAAAGAAAUACUCGAUUGACGAUUUGGAAAAAUCAGAAACAUCAAUUCGUCGUUCUUUGGAAAUGUCAUUAAAAAGCUUGCAAGAAUGUGGCGAUGAUGAACUUUAUGCGUAUUAUUCCCCCGUAAUUAUGGACUCGACAGCAAAAUGUGGACAAUUAUCACGAUCUAUCAAAAAAGUACGCCAUAAUGAGAAUUGCUUAAAAGAAUAUUACUGUGCUUCGCAAUUGAGUUUGGAAAAUAUUCUUGAAAUUCUGACGCAGGCUAUCCGACUUUUCCACGACUCGCUUGUUAAAGCAGAAGCACGCGCUGUCCGUGCUCAACGAAUUCAACAACAACGCGCAGGUGCCGGUAACGAUACCGUUGUUGUUGAUGGAAGCAGACCUCGAAGAAAUGAUCGAAUUAGAACUUUUGAAUCUCCAAAUGUAAAGGAUCUUAUAGACAUAAUUAAUUCAAAUGAAUGCCGCUAG